CCUUCAUUCGUCGUUUUCUAGAUUCAUCACUUUUGCUUUAUUAACACAGUAAUAUUAAAAUAGAAGUUUUACAUGUCAGGCUCUGAAGAAAACAAACCACUCCACGUAAUGAUCGUGGGAGCCGGUCUUGGAGGUGUCAUGUUGGCAAUUCUACUAGAGCGACUCGGUAUAUCGUACACGAUCUUUGAACGAUCAAGUGAAAUUCAACCCCUUGGAUCUGCCAUGGUGUUUGGUGCAAACAUCCUCCCGGUCUUUGAGCAAUUGGGCUUGCUAGAACAAGUUCAAAAAAUCUCGCUCCCUUGCCUGAGAAUGGAUAUUUACAAUAGUAAAAUAGAAAAGGUUGCUUUUGUUGAAGUAGGGCAAUACCGUGAAAGGAGCGGUUACGAUUUCUUGAUGUUUGCUCGACCGGAUAUGCACCGCCUGCUUUUGUCGCAAGUACCAUCCGAAAAAAUACUCAUGAAGAAACGCGUUCUCUCUAUGGAGCAAAAUGACAUUGGAGUGAUGGUUCGUCUUGAAGAUGGAUCGAGCCAUAUUGGUAAUAUCCUUGUGGGCGCCGACGGUGCAUACUCUGGAGUCCGGCAGGGAUUAUUCAAGCUUUUGGAAAGAAAGGAUCAACUUCCUGCAGCGGACAAAUCGAGUUUGAAAGUCGGUUACUUGUCAAUGGUCGGUGUGUCCAACCCACAAGAUCCUGGAAAGUACCCGGUCCUAAAGGAACCAACCUCCAAUUUCUCUCGUGUCAUUGGAGAUGGAACCCCACAUUCUUACAAUACAGUUACUGUUCCUGGAAACAGAAUCUGCUGGGGAAUGACAGUUCAGUUGGAUACAUCCAAAUCGAUAGAAGGAACCAUGUUCAAGAACGAAGAAUGGGGCCCUAAAGCGAACGAGAGCAUGAUCGAGGAGAUCCGCAACUUCCCUAGCCAUUUUGGAGGCGCGAUUGGCGAUUUAAUUGACGCUACUCCCAGCAAUAUGAUAUCAAGAGUCUUUUUGGAAGAGAAGCUGUUUGAAACAUGGUAUCAUGAACGUACUGUGCUUAUUGGAGAUGCUUGCCACAAGAUGCUUCCUAGUGGCGGACAAGGAGCUACAAAUGCAUUGCAAGACGCUGUGAUUCUGGCCAAUUGUUUGUAUGAGAUGGCGUCCAAUUCAUCCAGUGAGAUCACAAAAGCAUUCAAGUCCUAUAGGGAUCAGAGAUAUCCACAUGCGAAAUAUCAAAUGGAGAAGAGCAAAACCAUGGGUAAAAUCCUCUACGGACAAACAUUAUCAGAACGACUGCUACGUUAUGUGGCAUUUAAUAUGAUUCCUCAAAAAGUCCAAGAGGAGCAGUUUCUAAAAGAUACAGUCUACCGUCCUGUUCUGACUUUUAUGGAUCCACCAGAGAACCGUGGUUCAGGCCCAGUGUUACCGCAGAUGCAUUCGAAGCGUUACACAGCUGAAAAGCAAGCACGCGAAGCAACAAUGACUACAAACUAACAGGACCGUAGCUUUAAGCUUUGUUUCUCUCACUGCUUUAUUAUCUUUAAGAAUACUGUUAAUAU